CGGAAUUAGUGGAGAGAAAAGGGCGUGAAGCCUCCACUUCCGGAAACAAAAUGGGCAACAAGGGAAGCAGCCUGAAUCAGCGAUAGAGGAGGCCGUUUGAUGCAGGAGGACGGAGGAUGGCGGUGGAUGCAGGAAAGAGGCGCCGCCUGAGAGGAGGAGGAGGAGAGCGGGCCCUGCAGAGCAGCCCUGCCCGGUCCCGGCGCGGCUUCCCCGGGAGACAGAGGGGAAAGGCCGGGGGCUCCGGGGUUGCAGGAGGGAGGAGCCCAGGGGAGGAGGAAACGGGCGGAGACCCCGAGACGGACCUGCAGGGCGGAGGCUCCUUCGGAAGACUCCGAAAGUCUCAAAGGAUCCAGGAGGGAGGAAAGGAACAUCAGUGCCCGGAAUGUGGAAAAACCUUCAAAACAAACGGAAAUCUUGAAAACCAUUUAAAAAUCCACACAGCAGAGAAACCAUUUAAAUGCCCGGAAUGUGAAAAAUCCUUCAGAACAAAUGGACGUUUUGAAAACCAUCUAAAAAACCACUCAGUUGGAAACCGAUAUCAAUGCCUGGAGUGUGGAAAGGGCUUCAGUCAGAGGGGAGAUCUUUAUAGACAUCAAAGGAUCCACACAGAAGAAAAACCUCAUAAGUGCCUGGCAAGAAAGGAUGGCGGCGGAUGCAGGAAAGAGGCGGCGGCCGAGAGGAGGAAGAGGAGAGCGGGCCCCGGCGUGGCUUCCCCGGGAGACGGCAGGGAAAGGCCGGGGGGCUCCGGGGCUGCAGGAGGGAGGAGCCCAGGGGGAGCCCGGGAAAGGCGGCUGCCUGGAGGGCGAUGCGGGGAGGAGGAAACAGGCGGAGACCCCGAGACGGGGCUGGAGGGCGGAGGCUCCUUUGGAAGACCCCGAAAGCCCCAGAGGAUCCAGGAGAAAGCAAAGAAACAUCAGUGCCUGGAAUGUGGAAAAACCUUCAAAACAAACGGAAAUCUUCAAAGCCAUCUAAUUAUCCACACAGGAGAAAAACCUCAUAAGUGCCUGGAGUGUGGAAAGAGCUUCAGUGAUAGGAGCAACCUUUAUACACAUCAAAGAAUCCACUCAGGAGAAAAACCUCAUAAAUGCCUUGAGUGUGGAAAGAGAUUCAGUCAGAGGAGCAACCUUAAUAGACAUCGAAGAAUCCACUCAGGAGAAAAACCUCAUAAAUGCCUUGAGUGUGGAAAGAGCUUCAGUCAGAGGAGCAACCUUUAUAAACAUCAAAGGUUCCACUCAGGAGAAAAACCUCAUAAAUGCCUUGAAUGUGGAAAGAGCUUCACUCAUAGCAGCGGCCUUUAUACACAUCAAAGAAUCCACACAGGAGAGAAACCUUAUAAGUGCCUUGAGUGUGGAAAGAGCUUCACUCAUAGCAGCGGCCUUUAUACACAUCGAAGGAUCCACACAGGAGAGAAACCUUAUAAGUGCCUUGAGUGUGGAAAGAGCUUCAUUCAGAGCAGCAAACUUUAUAUACAUCAAAGGAUCCACACAGGAGAAAAACCUCAUAAGUGCCUGGAGUGUGGAAAGAGCUUCAGUAAGAGGGGACAUCUUUAA